AUGCAAGUUUGUUCUCCUCAGGACGUGAGGUGCUGUGUGAGUCACCAGCAGACCCGCCAGCUGCUCCACAACAAGUUUGUUGUGGUUUUGGGCGACUCAAACCUCCGUGCUGUCUACAAGGACUUGGUUCUUCUGCUGCAGAAGGACAAGUACUUGACACAGGCUCAGCUGAAAACAAAGGGUGAAACCACCUUUGAGCAGGACCGUCUCGUUGAAGGAGGCUGUCUGAGCCCACUGCACAACGGCACCAGUUACCGGGAGGUGCGGCAGUUCCAGUCCCCUCAUCAUCUGGUGCGCUUUUAUUUUGUCACCAGAGUGUACUCCAGCUACAUGCGGAGCAUUCUGGAAGACUUCAGACGCGGCACAAAGCCAGACCUUGUCAUCAUCAACUCCUGUCUGUGGGACAUUUCCAGGUAUGGCCGCGACUGGGUGUCGCAGUACAAGAGGGACCUGUCGCAGUUUUUCCAACACAUUGACGGGGUGCUCCCAGAUGAAGCCCUGGUAAUCUGGACUCAGACCAUGCCGCUGGCAGAGCAGAUCCGAGGGGGCUUCCUCGUGCCAGAGAUCUCCCACAGAGCUCCUGCCAUAAGUCACAAUGUGAUCGAGGCAAACUUUUACAGCGCCACUCUGGCUGAUGCCUACGACAUGGAUGUCCUCGACCUCCACUUCCUCUUCAGGUUCUCCCUCAGGCACCGAGCAAAAGAUGGCAUCCAUUGGAACGCCAUCGUGCACAGACGCAUCUCCUCAAUGCUGAUGCUACAUGUGGCCCAGGCCUGGGGAGUGAGCUUGAGUGACCCUGUCAUCCCACCGCCUGCUUUUGGGAGCCAUCAUCAGGUGCAACCUCUUGCUGGUGGUCUCACUGGAGAGUCACUCACGAACCUCUCUGCACCAGCAACACGACAAGCACCUGCCAGGACUCCUCCUCAGCACCAGAGACGAUUCCACUACCCGAUGGCAGGCUACAGGCAGGACGCUGACACGACGAGGGGCCGGCUCACGCAUCACCACUACAAACCAUACAGUGACCAAGGACGACCCAGAGGCAGCUACUACUAGGUUUAAAGUAGAUUUUUUUACUGAGUUUUUA